AUGCCUCAAAAACCAAGAGUAUCGCAGUCAAGAAGAAAAAUGCGAAAGGCUUUCUUUACUGCAAAUAGAGGCCAGAUUCGCAAGAUGAUGUCUAGUAGGCUCUCAAAGGAGCUCCGCUCCUCAUAUGGCUUCAAGACAUUUCCCAUUCAUAGUGGAGAUUUUGUUACAAUAACUACAGGAAAGUUCAAAAAUAAGGAAGGAAAGGUGCUUUCUGUCUCAAGAAAGACCCGCAAAGUUACUGUUGAGGGAUGCACGAAUGCCAAGGCAUCUGGUGGAUCUGUACUCUAUCCCCUUGAUCCAUCCAAUUUGAUUAUUAAAAGUCUGGCAUUAGAUGAGUUCAGAAUUAAGUCUUUAGAGAGCAAAAAGGCUAGAACUGAGUCUGCAAAGCAAAGGUAUGCAGCAGUGGUUGAAAGCAAUUAA